AAACCUGCAACUCGGAAGGCUGACAUCCGAGGAUUCAGGAACACACAAUUAUUCACGUUCCACAUUAUUCAGAAACCUACAACCACACACACAUCCAGGACCUGAGAAGGGAGGUUAUGCUCAACGCCCAUUGACUCACAGAACCAAGCGGACUCAGGGGGGAGAAGACACAUCACUGCCACCAUGGCUCUGAAGUGGGAUUCGAACCCCUAACCCCGACAGGGUUAAUGCCUUGCGCAUAUCACUGGAGCUAAACAGGGUCAGAGAUAUGAAAAAAGGUGUUAAAGAUGUACAUCAAGUAAUUUGCCAGUUAAACGUUUUUUUUGUAUUUGAAUGAAGUGCUGUGUGCAUUCCUAAAAGAAAAAAACGUAGCAGCUGUUGUUAUGUCGUAAAUUAAUUUCGGGGUUGGCUACCCAAGAUGCUAGCGACUCAAGUGUAAACGGAAGUGUUUGUGGCUCAGGAAGAAACGUGGCAAACAUUCACCAUGGCCUCACAAAUGCACAUUAAGAUCGGAAUAAUCGGUGGAUCGGGUCUUGAUGACCCAGAUAUCCUGGAAGGGAGGACUGAGCGAUAUGUCGACACGCCAUAUGGAAAGCCUUCAGAUGCGCUGAUAGUGGGGAAGAUAAAGAAUGUUGAAUGUGUGCUUCUAGCAAGGCACGGCAGACAGCACACCAUCAUGCCGUCCAACGUCAACAACCAGGCCAACAUCUGGGCCCUGAGAGAGGAGGGCUGCACUCAUUUGCUGGUCACCACGGCCUGUGGCUCCCUCCGGGAGGAAAUACAGCCAGGGGACAUAGUCAUCAUCGACCAGUUCAUUGACAGGACUACGAAGAGGGCCCAGACCUUCUAUGACGGGCAGCCCGGCCACCCUCCUGGGGUAUGCCACAUCCCCAUGGCAGAGCCCUUCUGCAACAGGACCAGAGACGUGCUGGUGGAGGUGGCAAGGAGCCUGGGCAUCAAGUGCCACGCCCGGGGCACCGUGCUGACCAUCGAAGGUCCCCGCUUCUCCUCGCGUGCCGAGAGCCUCAUGUUCCGCCAGUGGGGCGCGGACGUCAUCAACAUGUCCACCGUGCCCGAGGUGGUGCUUGCGAAGGAGGCGGGAUUAUGCUACGCCAGCAUCGCCAUGGCAACCGACUACGACUGCUGGAAGGAGCACGAGGAGGCGGUAUGUGUUGACAACGUACUGAAGACCAUGAAGGAAAACGCAAAUAAAGCAAGCAGCAUCCUGCUCACAGUGAUUCCCCAGAUCUGCCAAAUGGAUUGGUCACAGACCAUAAAAAGCCUGAAAACACUGGCCCAGUGUUCCGUGAUGUUACCCAAGCACUGAGUAAUGCGACCUCCGCUACACCCACUCACACACACACCACCAGUUUGUCACCCCCGCCACCGCCAGCUCUAGCCUUCAAAUGCCUCCGCCUGGAUUUGGAUCAGCGGUCAAUCACAAGAAAGUGCCUGGCACAUCUAUUGCAUGUCUCCUCAGUGUUUCCUGUUUUUUAAAUGAAGAAAGCUGCAAAAAAAACAGCUCGGUCAUUUACAAUCUGCACACACUAUUCAUUGUGGUGGAACACUUCCGCAUGGUUUUAUGAAGGACUGCCACCUUCUGGGGGAGAGCCCCGGAGAGUUCGGAGGGAUCAGUGUUCAAAGUUCUAGGUCAGAUUUGAAUUCAUUUGUGAGAUCAUAAUUGAUUUUAUUGGCUUUGUAUCUCAGUGUUCAUUUCAGUAUUAGGAGGUUGAAUUGAGAUAUGGCUGUUGCAUGAUUUACUAUUUUACAGCGUUGUUAGCCUUGUAAACAUUGACUUGCCUGAAUGACAAUUUGUAAGUGAUAUUUACCUACAUUAGCUCUGCGAAAUAGGCCUGUCCUACAUGCUUGUAUUAUUGUUUAUUUCAUGUAAAGCUUAUCUGUACGACGAAUGGAAAUGUAUUUUUAUGAGGUGAUCAUCAGCCGGUUGGAUUAUUUUGAUAGUCUUUUAGACCUUAUCUUUGUUUUUAUAGGUCAAAGGCUACUUUAUGCACUUGGAUAUCCUGCUUCACCAUAGGCCUAUGCAAACACACAUAGGCCUGAUUUUGUUGGCACAUCUUGACAGCUUCAAUAAAUAAAAUUUACAAACCUUACAAGCUUCGCAUCUGGAAUAAAUUAGAAAUUAAAAAGGUAAAUUAGUCGAUCAGGUCGGAAGAACUGAUUUGAGAGAUUAAUAUUUAAUGUGGACCCGAAACGAUGUCUGAGACAUUGGACUAUUGUUUUAUGGUUUACAACUUGUUUAUAAUCCUGUUACUGACAAUGUGCAAUCAAACUAUAUGACCAAUAAAAAAUUAGGCAUGCGAGACAG